AGAUCAUAUGACUGGAAGGAUGUUGGUUAAGUUGUUACUCCUGUUGAUGCUCUCCGAAGUGCUUCUGUUUUCUGUUUCUGAGGCAAAACCAUGGUGGGGUGGUAGCCGCCGUAGAAGACGCCGUCGUCAUCGUGCCAGUCCCCCGCCCUGUGACAGUAGCUCUCCAUCAGGAAUCAAGUGGUACAACGACUGGCAUCAAACUUUCAAGUUUUCCUGUCCACCUGGCCGUUCCUUAAGCCAAUGGAAAAGCAUUCACAGAAACUGCAAAGAAGACCGUAUCCACUAUUUCAAUUGUGCCUCUGGUUUUUGUCUUGGUUCCAGCUGCAGAUGCGCAUGGUCGGGCCAUUACGAGCAUGACUUUGACCAACCACUGAGAUUCACAUGCCCUCAUAAUGGCGUCAUCACGGGAGUCACCAGUGAGUACAGCGGAACACACCGUGAUCGCAGGUUUGGUUUUCGCUGUUGCCAUAGGGACGGUUACAAAGCACACACCUGUUUAAGUACCCGGUAUGAGAACGUAUGGGACGGAGAUCUCGAUUACACGGUUGAGCAUGACAGAUACCUGGUGGGAGUUAACAGUUACCAUGUUGAUUACUAUCAGGAUCGUCGCUGGUCGUUCCACUACUGCCAAGUCAGCAAAGAUUGAACGAGACCUGGAAUGCAAUUCCAGUAAAGGAAGCCCAAGCAUUUGUUUUUGAGUCCUUUUGAUUUAAAACAAGCAGCAUGAACACUUUUGUGGUUCACAGGUGAUGGGGGAAUUAGAUAAAGUAAAUAAUUAACAUUUUUACAAUGAAUCUGUAAAAUGCAACUAAAAAUUAAGGUGCUCUGCUGAGCUGAGCUGUAUGCUGAUGGGAUCAUAAUAAAGAAUUUUCAAAAAGAGAUCCUUCAUCGUUCCUUUUGUCUCAUAACGUGGAGUCGGGGAUAGGAGGGGGUAAAUAACUGAUAAAGAUUAGCCAUUUUUCAACUUUAACAUUCAUGUUGAGAUGUUUCACGGUGCCAGUCAAUUUUGAGGGGCAAUGUCACCAUCGUUGUUUGCGGACUGCCCAGGGGGAGGGGCUGGGGGGUUGGGUUUGGUUCAGUAAAAAUACACAUAAGCAAAACAGAAAUAAAGUGUAAUAAAGAGACCGUGCAGAGGACAACUUUGAUUUUUUUUUUUUCUUCGGGCUAAAUUUAGAGUUGCACAGUGGCUUUUUUCCCACACAGAUCAUAUUUAUCAGAAUCUUACUUUAGAAGAGAAUUAAGAAUGUCAGCUGCUAAUGGUAAACAAUGUAAAUUUCAAAUCGUUCUUCGACAUGAACCAAUGUUAUUGCCGAGGAACUGAUAGAAAUCGAGACUGGAAAACAAAAUAUCAUAUCCUACA